AAUAAGAAAGCAGCUCCUCCCGCUUCUUCCGAGCUGCCCGCAGACCGGACCGCAGCAGCGGCGCAGAAAGCACCAAUCAGCGGCGAAACCACGUCCUGGUUUGGAUCUAACUCCCCGUGAGUGGCGGAGACUUUACCCGAAGCACCGACGGCGCUGCCGUGACUCCACCGUACCCCUGUCUCUGAACCGACCGACCGACCGACCGACAUGCUCUUCCCGGGACUCUCCGUGUCUCUGCUGGCCGUGUCCUGCGCUCUGUGGCCGGCUGCGGCGGUCCGGGCUGCGUCCUGCGAGUCGGUGCGGAUCCCGCUGUGCCGGUCCAUGCCGUGGAACAUGACCAAGAUGCCGAACCACCUCCACCACAGCACGCAGGACAACGCGGUGCUGGCCAUCGAGCAGUUUGAAGGGCUGCUGGGUACCGGCUGCAGUCCGGAUUUGCUCUUCUUCCUGUGUGCCAUGUACGCUCCCAUCUGCACCAUCGACUUCCAACACGAGCCCAUCAAACCGUGCAAGGCGGUGUGUGAGCGGGCAAAGAAUGGCUGCGAGCCGGUGAUGAAGCGCUACAACCACAGCUGGCCCGACAGCCUGGCCUGCAGCGAGCUGCCGCUGUAUGACCGCGGAGUCUGCAUCUCACCGGAGGCCAUCGUCAAGGCAGACGGACCAGAUCCAUACUACCAGGACCCAGCCAGGUGUAACCCAGAAUCCAGUCCAGACUUCCUAAUGGACUCCAACAACCUUCACUGCAGAGGACCAAAUGGAGAUCGCUGUAAGUGUAAGAACGUCAAGAUGAAUUUGAAAAACUAUGAGAGGAACAACUACAACUACGUGAUCCGAGCGAGGGUGAGGGAGGUGAGGAACCGCGGCCUGGAGCCCACGGCGGUGGUGGAGGUGAAGGAGGUGUUCAAGUCUUCGCUGGUCAACAUUCCCAAGGAGACGCAGACGCUCUACUACUCGUCCUCCUGCCUGUGUCCUCCACUUGUUCCUGGGGAGGACUUCCUCAUCAUGGGCUACGAGAACGAGGAGACGUCCAGGUUGCUCCUGAUUGACAGCUCCAUUGCUCAAAGGUGAAGGAAAAGAUGGGCAAGAAACUCAAGGUG